AUGGCUUCCGGGCUCCCGCCUAGCUCAGUAUCUGGUGCCACCACCCUUAUGGUGAUUACAGACCGCUUAAGUAAGGGGACUGUUCUAUGUGGUCUGGUGGAUGAAGGUAUAAAUGCUAUAGCAAACGCCUUCAUAACUCAUGUUGUAGCCCAUCACGGCUUCCCCGAGGCAAUUGUCAGCGACCGUGGCCCCCAAUUCAUAAACGGCAGUAUGGAAACGCAAACAGACGGCUCUACAGAACGAAUGAACCAAACCGUAGGACUAUACCUACGCAUUUUCGCAACGCACUGUCAAGACAACUGGGAGAAGCUACUCCCAAUAGCCCAGUUAGCAAUCAACAAUAAGAACGCUGCCUCCACCGGAAUCAGCCCUUUUUUCAUGACGCACGGUUACACGGUCGACCCGAUCCAAACGGACGAGCCCCUACGGGACGGGAAUAAAUCACCUGUCGAGAAGGGAGAAGGAAUUGUUAAAAAACUCCAAGAAGCUUGGGAAUAUGCACAGGCAGCAAUGGCCCACGCCCAGGAGGUCCAACAACAAUACGCUACCCAACGUCGUCAGCCCGCGUCGCGACUCAAGGUAGGGGAUAAAGUUUGGCUGAAUCUGCGCAAUAUUAAGACCGUACGACCGAGCAAGAAGCUAGAUUGGAAACACGCCAAGUACACCGUUUUAGGAGAAAUCUCCCCGCUCGCAUACAGACUGGACAUGCCUCCGGGAAUACACAAUGUGUUUCACACCGAUCUUCUCAAACCAGCAGCAAAUGAUCCUUUCCCAUCCCAGCGCCAGGAUGACUACCAGCCGGAGCCUAUCCCUUUGACUGCGAAAGUGUUACGUUUUAGCGCGACAGGGAUCUCAGCCAAUCAGAUCGCUAAAUUCUCAAUUCUCUACUUGUCGGUACAACUUAUGCCACCCAUCCCAACAAUCUCCGUCUUUAUAUGCGGCGUAUACAGUAAUAAACUCCGUCAGUCACUCAGUACAGUAUGA